UAUUGGGAAGAACCAGAACUUCAAUACUCAAUUGGUGGGAGAGAACGCCGUGUCGUUUUAGGGAAACGACCACCGUGCGUCUUUUUACCCUGACCCACACCAGAACAAUAUCCAUAUAUUAACAUGGUGGUUGCCGGAGGAAGCCCUGUCGGCGGCGUUCUAGGUUGGUCGGACAUGAAGGGUCUGGCCGUGCAGGUGAUAGCCAGCAGGUGGUUUGUUGUGUUUGCGUCGUUUCUGGUCAUGGCGGCGGCGGGAGCCACCUACAUGUUCGGCCUGUACUCGCCGGACAUAAAAUCAACUUUGGGCUACGACCAAACUACUCUCAAUCUCCUGAGUUUCUUCAAGGACGUCGGCGCCAACGUGGGCAUCCUCUCCGGGCUGAUCAACGAGCUGACGCCGCCGUGGGUGGUGCUGGUGAUCGGCGCCGUCCUCAACUUCUUCGGCUACUUCAUGAUUUGGCUUGGAGUGACCCAAAGAAUUCCCAAGCCCAAAGUUUGGCAGAUGUUCCUCUAUAUCUGCAUAGGUGCGAACUCUCAGACGUUCGCGAACACAGGGUCUCUGGUAACAUGUGUGAAGAACUUCCCAGAAAGCAGAGGCGUUGUUCUGGGAAUUCUCAAAGGCUACGUUGGUCUGAGCGGAGCCAUAAUAACUCAACUAUACCACGCCUUCUACUUCAACGACACUAAAGCUUUGAUCCUCCUCAUCGGCUGGCUUCCGGCCGCCAUAUCCUUCGCCUUCCUCCGUACCAUCCGCUACAUCACCCCCGUCCGCCACCCCAACGAACUCAAGGUCUUCUACAACUUCCUCUACAUCUCCCUCGGCCUCGCCGGAUUCCUCAUGCUCAUCAUCAUCGUCCAGAAGCAGACCUCCUUUAAUCAGUCUGAGUACGGCUUCAGCGCCGCCGUCGUCCUCUUCCUCCUCUUCCUCCCCGUCGCCAUCGUCUACAUCGAGGAGUUCAAGCUCUGGCAAGCCAAGCGCCUCGCCCUCGCCGAGCCCGUCAAGAACAUCGUCGUCGACGACCCACCGCCGGAGAUAACUGAGACGACGACGGAUGCUCCUAAAAGAUCAAAUAAUUUUGGUGAUAUAACAAAAGCAAGACGAGAAGGUCGGCCAGAGAUUAAAUGGUGGCAGAAUGUCUUUAACCCACCAGAGAGAGGUGAGGAUUACACUAUUCUUCAAGCCCUUUUCAGUAUCGACAUGAUUAUACUGUUCAUGGCCAGCAUUUGUGGGAUUGGCGGGACGUUGACUGCGAUAGACAACUUGGGUCAAAUUGGGGGAUCCUUAGGUUACCCGAAGAACAGUAUAAGCACAUUUGUGUCCCUCGUAAGUAUUUGGAAUUACCUAGGACGUGUCUUCGCAGGUUUCGUGUCUGAAUAUUAUCUGGCCAGGUAUAAAUUCCCUCGUACUCUCAUGCUCACUCUCACUCUAAUAGUUUCAUGUGCGGGACAUCUUCUGAUAGCCUUCAACGUUAAGAAUGGUCUCUAUGUAGCUUCUGUGAUCAUUGGAUUUUGUUUUGGAGCUCAAUGGCCUCUGAUUUUUGCGAUCAUAUCUGAGUUAUUUGGGUUAAAGUACUAUUCAACUCUGUACAAUUUUGGUGGUUCUGCGAGUCCAAUUGGGUUGUACAUUCUUAACGUGAGAAUCACUGGUCAUUUGUAUGAUAAAGAAGCUGAGAAGCAAUUGGCAGCUUUAGGGUUAAAAAGAGAGGAAGGAAAAGAAUUGAGCUGUGUUGGGUCAGAUUGCUUCAGGAUGUCGUUUAUAAUUAUCACAGCUGCAACUUUCUUCGGUGCCCUUAUAUCUCUCAUUUUGGUGGCCAGAACGAGAAAGUUUUAUAAAAGUGACAUCUAUAAGAGGUACCGGGAGGCCGACACUGCAGAGCCGGCCGAGAAUGGUGCCGGAAGUAGCGUCGCGGCCGGGGCGGGAGAGGGCAACCGUGAGAAGGAAUUGGAGGUGAAGGGAUAGGGAAUAGGACAACUCAUGUAGAUAUAUAUGAACAUUAUUUAAAUCAAGAAAUUUUCUUUGGGUUUAUAUACUUGAUAAUGUUCUACACGUUGGUGUAAAAUAUAGUGAACUUUCCGUUGGCUUUCACACAAAGUUACAAAAUUUUGCUAUUUUCUUUCUUUGUAGCUUAGCUUGAUCCAUAUUCUAUUCAUCAGACUUGGAAUAAAAUAUGGCAAUGAUGGGUUCAUAUUGUAAUACUAAUAAUUGGCAAUUUUUUAUGCAUGUUUUUCUUUGUUUGUCUUUUAACGUAAGACUUGUGGUCGGCUGAUGCUCGGCGGAUUUGACUAAA